AUGCAUCUCUUUUCGCAACUUAUUCUUAUACCAAAUAACGUACGACUUUAUCAAUGAGAGUCAUCAGCAAAGAACAACAAGAAGAAGCUGGACGAUAUGCCAUGAAGGGUUUCGCAAUAGGUGCCGCUCAAUGGGGUUGCGUUGGUUUGUUUGCUACUACCCUAGCGUCUGCCUUUUUCCCGGGUUUUAGAAAGACUCCAGUACAAAACAAGUUUUAUAUCUGUAUGGCUUUUGCGUUAGGUGGCGGUGCCCAUCUUUCAGACCGCUACAUGGUCCAGUUCGAGAGACGUGGCCGCGCUGCCAUGUUAGAUGAAACUACUCGGCAGAGAUAUAAUCUCAUUUACGGAGACCGGGAUGAACAGGAACGUGCAAAGGCCGCCCUCAAGAGCGAGGCGACAGCUUAAUAUAUGGUAUCGCCGUCAAAGACUGGCUAGUAAACUUGGAACAAAGCACCUGUAUAUUCUCAAAAGCGCACAACACGAAUGUUAAAUGCAUUAAAUAAAAUUUGCAGUUCUUUUUAUCAGAACUAAUAUGAACGAGGUCCUUUCACAGUAUAGACUGACUAUAUGCAAUUAUGUCCAAUGACACGGAUUCUGAAGAUUCAAAGCAAUGUUGACGAUAUCGUUCAGUUUUUAAACUCAGGUAUCGACCAACAAACCAUGACUUUUUGACUACUCUCAAUAUGCGGUGUAAUUGCUUGUGUGCUAUGUACAAUGCAAUGAAAUAC